GAGAGAGAGAGAGGUUGGGGAUGUGGAACUUUGAAGGAGAGAGGCGGGAGGGGGCCAGAUGGAUGGAUGCUCUUCAAUGUGUAUAUAUAUUUAUAUAUCUAUAUAAACGUGAAGUCUAUGCUCUGCGAUUCGAUUCUCUCUACCGUCCAAUAAACCGCUGGCCCUAAAAUCCUCAUCUUUCUCUAUUCUCUUUCUUUGUUCUCUCUCUCUGAUUAUUGCAAGAACCCAGAAAAUCUAGAAAGCAGGAGGAGGAGGAAACUCUACUACUAACCAGAAAAAGGAGUUUUUCUGAUCGGAAAUGAAGCAAUAACCCCUCAUUUAUUUUUGCUCAAAACACUGAUUCGAAGUUUAUUUACUUCGUUUUUAUCGUUGUUGCGUUUGGUUGGACUUUCUACCUCGGUUUCUCUCUGGUUAAGCUUUUUCUUGGCAGCCAAACACGCCGUGAAAGUUUCGUCAUUUUUGUCGGACACCCUGAUUUUAGAUGAAUGGAGGGGUACAACGGGGAUUCUUUGCACGAUUUUGAUGUAUAUUGCGACGUGCAUUGGUUUCCAGAUAUAAUAAUGAAAUGAGAUGAAAGGUUUUGGAUUUAGCUUUUGGUGUUCUAUAGUUUUCGAGUCAGAUCCGCUCUGCCUUCGGCUGUACAGUGCACCGAUAGGCGACAAACUCUGACUGGAGCCCUCAGGCCGUAGAACUUCAUCAUGGUUGCCACCGCCGCUACUUCUGCAUUCUUUCCGGCCGCAUCUCCAGCUCCAGACUCUGGCGCAAAGACGGUCAAAAAGCUUGCGAAUUUGGGAGUAAUGAAGUCAAAAUCUGCUGGGUCUUCCGGUGCCUUGCAGGGCAAGGCAAGUGCCCAAGUUUCUCCCAAAAUAAAUGGUACCUCAGUUGGGUUGACAAAACCAGUGGAAGGUGUGAAGAGUGAGUUUGAAACGUCGUCGCCUGCCCCCAGGACUUUCAUUAACACAUUACCUGAUUGGAGUAUGCUUCUUGCCGCCAUCACCACAAUCUUCUUGGCUGCCGAGAAGCAGUGGAUGAUGCUUGAUUGGAAACCAAGGCGGCCCGACAUGCUCAUUGACCCUUUUGAUCUAGGGAGAAUUGUUCAGGAUGGUCGUGUGUUCCGGCAGAAUUUUUCUAUUAGAUCAUAUGAAAUAGGUGCUGAUCGCACAGCGUCGAUAGAAACGUUGAUGAAUCAUCUACAGGAAACUGCUCUUAACCACGUUAAGGGUGCUGGACUUCUUGGUGAUGGCUUUGGCUCGACGCCAGAGAUGUGCAAAAAGAACCUCAUAUGGGUGGUUACACGAAUGCAGGUGGUGGUAGAUCGCUAUCCUACUUGGGGUGAUGUUGUGCAAGUAGACACUUGGGCCAGUCCAUCUGGAAAGAAUGGUAUGCGCCGUGAUUGGGUUUUACUUGAUUCUAAAACUGGUAAAACUCUGACAAGAGCCUCUAGUAUAUGGGUGAUGAUGAAUAAACAAACCAGGAAGUUGUCCAAGAUUCCAGAAGAAGUUCGGGGGGAAAUAGAGCCUUAUUUUAUGGAUACUGUUCCUGUUGUGGAAGAGGAUAGCAGAAAACUACAAAAACUUGAUGACAAUACCGCAGACUAUGUUCGUACUGGGUUAAGUCCUAGGUGGAGUGAUUUAGAUGUCAAUCAGCAUGUCAACAAUGUGAAGUAUAUUGGCUGGAUCCUUGAGAGUGCUCCAUUGCCAAUCUUGGAGAGCUAUGAGCUUUCUGCCAUGACCUUGGAGUACAGGAGGGAGUGUGGAAAGGACAGCGCACUUCAGUCAUUGACUGCUGUUGCUGGCAGUGGCGUUGGUAAUUUGGGAACUCUGGCUGACAUGGACUGCCAGCACUUGCUUCGACUCGAGAAUGGAGCUGAGAUUGUGAGGGGCAGGACGUCAUGGAGGCCCAAACAUGCCAGCAACUUUGGAACUCUUGGUCAAAUUCCUGCUGAAAGCAUCUAAAUAUUAUAUGAAGUGCCAUUGUGGAUGGAAUGGAUAUAGGAGCGCUUGUGUAGAAUACUGCAUGUGUUUCUUGGAUUUUAUUCGUAUUUGUUCUUUUUCUAUAUAUAUAUUUAUGAUGUUCCCUUC